UGCACUCGAUUGGUCGAGCCUGAGCCAACAUGGCGGCCCCCGUGUAACCCAGUCCGUACCGCGAAGGCGACGGUGGCGCCGCCCGCAGGGGUCAGAAGUCACCAUGCUGAGGGCGGCGUGGAGAGCGCUGAAUUCCAUUCGGACCCAGUCGGUGACCCAGGCCCUUGGGCUGCCAGGUGGAGGCUGUGCCCGGCUACCCUCCGAGCACUGGGGCCUCCCCUCACCUCGCGGUCUCAUCCUCCGGGCCGCCCGUGGAUAUGCCAUCCAGAAACCAGUUCGACCCAGCCAAGAAGAUGACCCGCCCCCUUCCACGCUGCUCAAAGAUUACCAGAACAUCCCUGGAAUUGAGAAGGCUGAUGAUGUUGUGAAAAGGCUCUUGUCUUUGGAAAUGGCCAACCAGAAAGAGAAGCUCAAAAUCAAGCAAGAGCAGUUGAUGAACAAGGUCGUGGCAAACCCUGAGGACACCAGCUCCCUGGAGGCUCGAAUUGUUGCCUUGACUGUCAAGAUCCGUAAUUAUGAAGAACACAUGCAGAAACAUCGAAAGGACAAAGCCCACAAGCGCUAUCUGCUGAUGAGCAUUGACCAGAGGAAAAAGAUGCUCAAAAACCUCCGUAAGACCAACUAUAAUGUCUUUGAGAAGACGUGCAAGGAGCUGGGAAUUGCGUACACCUUUCCCCCUCUAUACUAUCGAAAAGCCCACCGCCGCUGGGUGACCAAGAAGGCUCUGUGCAUUCGGGUUUUCCAGGAGGCUCAAAAGCUAAAGAAACAGAGAAGGGCCUUAAAAGCUGCUGCAGCAGCAGCCCGGAAACAAGGCCAGACGAACCCAGAGAGCCCUUCCAGCGCCGGGCCAGAGGCAAUCAAGGAAAACCAAUAAAUUUUGUUCAAGUUGUA